UAUAUUAUCCUCUGAGAAUAUUCAUGGACAUUGGCUUUGUAGUUUAUGUCCACGUUCUCAAUGUCAAUAGAGGGAGUAUCGCUUUCAGGGAUCACCCAAAAGUAGGCCAUGACAUCUCUCGGUCUUCUCUCUGUCGGAACCAAUCAGAAAGAGUUUCGGAACGAUUUUGAAACACAACCUAAUUGCAUGUAAACAAAAGCACAAUGUAAUAAGUGGUAAUAACUUCUAUUUAUUUUUAUUGAGAAUACUAUGAAAAAUAAAAUAACAACUCAUCUACCAGCUGUAUCACCAUUACUUUCUUAUUGGACAAUUGUGAUUUUGUCACUUUGUUUUGUCAACAGUUACAAUGGAGAUUUUGUUUUCGAUGAUAUCGAAGCUAUUGUUAAUAAUCAUGAUGUAUAUGAUACACCAAUCUGGGAAAUAUUUAAAAAUGACUUUUGGGGCACUAAAUUAUCUCAUAAGCAAAGCCAUAAGUCAUAUAGGCCUUUUACCAUCUUGAGUUUCAGAUUACAUUAUUGGUUACGACAAGAUUUAAUUUCACAAGACUAUCACAUAGUAAACAUAAUAUUACACAGUAUAAAUAGUCUGUUAACUUUAUUUGUAUAUAAUCUAAUUCUGGGACCAGAUGAACAGAACAUCUCUUUUUAUGCCGCAAUCCUAUUUGCAGUUCAUCCAAUUCAUACAGAAGCUGUAUCUGGAAUUGUAGGGCGUGCUGAAUUAUUAUGCACUUUAUUUACAUGGGUCUCAAUUUUAUUAUACAAUUGUGUAAUAUAUGCAAAAAAUUCAUUUCGUGCAUGGAUUGCUAUGUCUGGUUCUGCUAUUUGUAUAACCAUAGCAAUGCUAUGUAAAGAAACUGGAAUCACUGCCAUUGGAAUUUGUGCAGUAUAUGAUAUCGUUAUAGUGAACAAAAUAUAUCCAAUUGAUAUAAUUAAAUUACUUUUGUUUAAACAUUCAAAUAAAAAGUUUAAUAAUUUCAUUAAAGACAACAAUGCAGUAUCACGACUUGUUAUACUUUUUUUCAUUGCAAUAAUACUUUUAUUUCUAAGAUUUAAUAUUAUGAGAUUUUCUGCUCCUAAAUUUCAAGCAGUAGAUAACCCAGCAUCUUUCAUGAAUAGUAUAUUUUUUCGCAUACUUAAUUACAACUAUAUUUAUUGUUUGAAUAUAUGGUUACUUAUAUGUCCUGUAUGGCUCUGUUUUGAUUGGUCAAUGGGUUGUAUAUCUUUAAUUACUGGCUAUGACUACAGAAUUUUUGUAGUUAUUAUUUUCUGGUUACUAUUUGGAAUGUUAAUUAUAUACACAUUUAUCCUUCAUAAGGAUAAAACUUUGAGAUACAUAAUUAUGGGACUUGCGAUAUUAAUUUUUCCAUUUCUGCCGGCUAGUAAUAUCUUCUUCAAUGUUGGCUUUGUCUUGGCAGAGAGAAUAUUAUAUAUUCCUUCAGCGGGAUAUUGUUUGUUGUUUACAAUUGGCCUAUACAAAUUCUCUGCUCGAUUUUUUUUACCUAAGGCGGCAUUAUUGGCAUAUAUAAUGCUUAUUAUAUUAUUGUUUACACGUUCCUGGACGAGAAGUAGCCAGUGGAGAAAUGAAAAACUGCUCUUCCAGUCAGCAUUAGAUGUAUGUCCUUUGAAUGCAAAGGUACAUUACAAUAUCGCAAAAAAUGCUGCAGAUACAGGAGAUAUUAAUCUUGCUAAACUAGAAUAUCAAGAAGCCUUACGAUUAAAUCCAAAUUAUACUCAAGCUAUGAAUAAUCUCGGUAAUUUGCUCAGAGAUGAUGGACAAAUUUCAAAAGCCAUAAAUUUAUUUAAACAAGCUAUCAAUUUGCAGAAAGAUUUUGCUACAGCAUGGAUGAAUUUAGGAAUAGCUCAAUCAUCAUUGAAACAAUACAAGGAAUCCGAAACCAGCUAUUUCAUGGCUCUACAGCACCGAUCAAAUUAUCCUGAUUGUUAUUAUAAUCUAGGCAUAUUAUAUCUGGAGCAAAAACAAUACGAUAAGGCACUGAAAGCUUGGAUAAAUGCAACCAGGCAAAAACCUACACAUAGACGAGCAUGGACGAAUAUGAUAUUACUAUUAGAUGAUUUAGGUAAGACAGAAGAAGCUUUAAGAAUGGCAAAUACAGCUUUAAAAUUUAUCUCAGAUCAUGCAGCCAUUUAUUUUAAUAUAGCCAACAUUUUGGGAAAAAAAGGAAAAUAUGAAGAAGCAGAAAUCCAAUUUAAAUUGGCGAUAUCGAAAAAUCCUAUAGAUCCUAUGAUUUAUGCAAAUUUAGGUGUUUUAUAUCAUCGUUGGAAUAAAUUUAGUGCAGCAAAACAAAUGUAUAAGAAAGCACUACAAUUAAAACCAGAUUUAUCUAGCGCAAAGGAGAAUUUGCAAAAAUUAUACACAUUAGAGACAUCGAUAAAAUAA